AUGGUGGCAUCGCAGCUCAAGUCUGCGAGGAUGGCGGCUCACCUGGCCAAGCAUGUGAAAGCCGCCCGAAGCUUCUCCAGCACCACAGCAUUCCGCCGCGAGAUCCAAGACGCAUACAUCUUAAGCGCCGCCCGAACACCUACUGCCAAAUUCAAUGGCUCAUUUACCACCGUCCCCGCGCCCAAGCUCGGAGCUACAGCAAUCAAGUCGGCAGUCGAGAAGUCUAAUGUGCCCGUCGAGAAGAUUACCGAGGUCUAUAUGGGAAACGUCAUCUCGGGCUCCAUAGGCCAAGCUCCAGCACGCCAGGCCGCCAUCUUCGCUGGCCUGCCGCAGUCGGUUGAGGCCAUCACCAUCAACAAGGUAUGCGCCUCGGGUCUCAAGGCGGUCGUCUUUGCCGCGCAGAACAUUCAGCUUGGACUGGCAGAAGCGCAGGUUGCUGGUGGAAUGGAGAAUAUGACCAGAAUACCGUACUAUAUUCCUCGCGCAAGCAACUUGCCACCUUUCGGGCACGUCCAGUUGGAGGACGGUUUAAUCAAGGACGGACUAACGGACGUUUACGACAAAUUCCAUAUGGGCAACUGCGCCGAGAACACCGUCAAGAAGUAUGGCAUCACCAGGGAGGAGCAGGAUGCGUAUGCCAUUCAGUCGUACAAGAAUGCCCAGGAGGCCUGGAAGGCCAAAGCUUUCGCUGAUGAGAUCGCACCCGUCACUGUGUCUAGCAGGAAGGGCGAAACCAUCAUCGACACCGAUGAGGGCUUUCUCGAUGUUAAACUCGAAAAGAUCCCCACUCUUAAGCCGGCCUUCGUUCGCGAUGGUACCGGAACUGUCACAGCCGCCAACUCAUCAACUCUCAACGACGGCGCCAGCGCACUGGUCCUCGGCAGCAAAGCUAUUGCUCAGCAGUAUGGCAGUGGAUCGAGGGUCUUGGCCAAGAUUUGCGGCUAUGCUGAUGCAGCCAUUGCACCCAUCGACUUCCCCGUCGCUCCAUCUAAGGCUGUUCCCCUCGCUCUAGAGCGGGCCGGUAUCACCAAAAAUCAGGUCGCCGUUUGGGAGUUCAACGAGGCAUUCGCAAGUGUGAUCCUCGCCAACCAGAAGAUCUUGGGACUGGAAGGUGCCAAGGUCAACCCUCUCGGUGGAGCCAUUUCACUAGGCCAUGCUCUUGGAAGCUCCGGUUCACGUAUCCUGACAACCUUGUUGCACCAACUGAAGCCUGGCGAGUAUGGUGUUGCGGCUAUCUGCAAUGGCGGCGGCGCUGCUACCGCUGUGGUAGUCCAACGGGUUGAGUCCGUGUAA